GCGUUGACAGCCACGCCUUCAAAGACCCCGUGGCAGACAACACAUCACCGGAAGAACAGGCUAAUAAUACUGUAGUACGGGCGAUUCACUCAAGGGGAAAAUACAGCCUGAGGUGAGGAGAAUGAGCCAGAAAGAGGGACUGAGGGCCAACUCCUCUAAGUUCACUCUGGAGGGAGAGCCCUUUCGCAUCCUGGGGGGCUCUAUCCACUACUUCCGCGUCCCCAGAGCCUACUGGGAGGACCGGCUGCUGAAGAUGAGGGCCUGUGGGGUCAACACUCUCACCACAUAUGUGCCAUGGAACCUUCAUGAGCCAGAGAGGGGGGUUUUCAACUUCCAGGACCAGUUGGAUUUAAAGGCAUACAUCAGCCUAGCAGCAGAGUUGGGGCUCUGGGUGAUUCUGCGGCCAGGACCCUACAUCUGUGCUGAGUGGGACUUAGGAGGGCUCCCCAGCUGGCUGUUACGUGACAAAAACAUGAAGUUGAGAACAACCUACCCUGGCUUCACAGAAGCAGUGACCUCUUUCUUUGACAAACUCAUCCCAAUAAUUAAGCCUCUACAAUUUGAAGUGGGAGGCCCCAUCAUUGCAGUUCAAGUGGAGAAUGAGUAUGGCUCAUAUGCAAAGGAUGAACGAUACAUGUCUUUUAUAAAGGAGGCUCUACUAUCCAGAGGGAUCAAUGAACUUCUGCUGACAUCAGACAACCGGGAGGGGCUAAAAUGUGGAGGAGUGGACGGAGUUCUCAAGACGGUAAACCUUCAAAGACUGGCCUAUGGAACCAUACAAUAUUUAUCAUACCUGCAGCCCCAGAAACCUCUGCUUGUAAUGGAGUACUGGUCUGGGUGGUUCGAUGUCUGGAGUGAAUCUCACCAUGUGUUUCCAGCAGAGGACAUGUUGGCUGUGGUGUCACAGAUACUGGAGCGAGGUGUAUCCAUCAACCUCUAUAUGUUCCAUGGUGGAACCAGCUUUGGCUUCAUGAAUGGAGCUGUGGCAAACCUUGGCACCUACAAACCUCAGGUCGGCAGCUAUGAUUAUGAUGCUCCGUUAUCCGAGGCCGGAGAUUACACCACCAAGUAUCAGCUCUUGAGGAAUUUAUUCAGCCAGUUUCACAGUGAGAAGCUUCCUGAGGCUCCUUCUCUCCAGGCCAGGAGAGUGUACGAGCCUGUCGUCAUUCAGCAGCAUCUGUCACUGUGGGAGAGCCUGCAGUUUACUGAGAAGCCCUUGAAGUCAGAGGGGCCUGUCAACAUGGAGAACCUUCCUGUCAACAAUAACAAUGGUCAGUCCUAUGGCUACACUCUAUAUGAGACCACCAUCAGCAGUGGAGGCCUUCUGAACUCCAAGAAAAAUGUUAAAGACAGGGCCCUGGUGUUUGUGGACAGACACUUUGUUGGAAUCCUGGACUAUAAAACGGUGGAGUUUGCACUGCCUGAUGGGAAGGGGGAGAGAACAUUGAGUUUACUUGUGGAGAACUGUGGAAGAGUGAAUUAUGGGAAAGCCCUGGAUGAUCAGCGUAAAGGUCUGGUGGGAGACAUUGUAUUGAACCACGUGCCUCUGAAGGGCUUUACAAUCUACUGUUUGGAUAUGAAACCAAACUUCCUAAAGAGACUGAGUGCAGCAAGCCAGUGGAACUCAGUCCCCCAGAAGCCUUCCUUCCCAGGGUUCUUCCAGGGCAGGCUGUAUGUGGACGGCCAUCCCAGAGACACCUUCAUCAAACUGCCUGGCUGGAGUAAAGGAGUGGUCUUUAUCAACGGGCAGAAUCUUGGACGCCACUGGUCCAUCGGUCCCCAGCAAACCCUUUACCUCCCUGGACCUUGGCUUAAAAGUGGAAAUAAUCAGAUCAUCGUGUUUGAGGAACAGAAAGCUGAUGACAAAUUAGUAUUUGUUGAAAAUCCUGAUCAUGGAAAAACAAUUGAUGUAUACAAACAUCCAUUUUGUGUUCUGCUUUGAAAUUAUACAUAUUUUAAAUAAAACGAUGACGCAGUAAAAUCUUAUAACAUAGUAAUAACAUGGUAAAAUACAAAAGCUAUGCUUACCUUAACACUAUGUACUGUAUGUAAAGUAGUUUUUUUUGUUAUGGGAUGGGUCUAUCACUGAAUGUGAUGAUAGACAUGUCUUUUUAUGUAGCCUAGAGCACAGUCAUAAGGCAAGUUACAUACAUUGAAAGACAAGACCUUGAGUGGCGGAAUGCAGACUAUUACAACAAAGAAAGGUGAGAUGGAAGAGAUAAAGUACAACAAAGUUCCAAGAUCCUUAAGGUAAAAUGCAGGUGUGUAAAACAUUCCAGUUUCAGUGCCUUACUCUAGUUGCCCGGAUAGGCAGUGUUAUUGUCCAUCUAAAAUGAAAUAUAGAUGAAUAAACAAACCACUUGAAUGCA